UUUUCGGCAAUAGUCAUGGUGAAUAUAUGUCUUCCAGAGGGGGGCGAUUAUGAUAACAAGCCUGGCAGGCUCCAGAGGGGGGUGCUGAGGACCAAUUGCAUAGAUUGUCUUGACCGUACAAAUGUUGCACAGUAUGCAUAUGGUUGGGCUGCUCUAGGUCAACAGCUUCAUGCAUUGGGAAUUAGAGAUGCUACAACAAUAGAACUUGAUGAUCCCUUGUCAAGUUCAUUAAUGGCUUUAUAUGAGAGAAUGGGAGACACACUAGCUUAUCAAUAUGGUGGAUCUGCAGCCCACAAUAAGGUUUUCAGUGAGAGGAGAGGCCAGUGGAGAGCAGCAACCCAGUCACAAGAGUUCUUGAGGACUCUGCAACGCUACUAUAAUAACACAUAUAUGGAUGCGGAUAAACAAGAUGCCAUUAAUAUAUUUCUAGGUACUUUCCAGCCUGAACAAGGUAAGCAGGCGGUUUGGGAGUUGCGGUCAGAUUCCCACUCAAAUGGACAAAAUGUAGAAAUAAGCAUGGGGGAAGAUGAAAGGUUUCUUGUGAAGAGGUGCUUAUCAGACGGGAAUAUUCUCCAUGAAAGUCGCACACCGAUGUCUGCGAUGAGUAGCAAGCAUGAAAGCAUAUCACGUAAAGGCUUCGAAUCGUCGUCACACCAGGUGACUCAUAUAAUUUCAGAGUCAUCACCAGACAUGCCAGCUGCUGGUUAUGUAGCAUUAUCGAGGUGUACUCCGUCAAUGCCUAGCACAUAUUUUUUUGGAGAUGCGCGAAAGGUUCAACAUAAUGGUAGUAACUCCAAUUACUUGUCCGAACAGGAAGACAUGUCUACUGUCUCAAAUUUUGUUGAUGUCGAAUGGCUUUCUUCAUCAGAAAAUUUAUGCGAGAACGAUCAGUUGAACAGGCCGUCAUUGCUUUCAAGCUAUUCAACAGCAGAAAUGUCGUCAUCAGAGAAUAUCAUCAGUGAAGCAAAACAGCCAGCGCCAGCUAUGAGCGAGAGUGGAUCAAGCAGCAGAAAGGGAAAGGAACCUAUGGAAGCGGAACCGUCUGCACACACAAAGACUUGCGAUGAUUUUACAGAUAGCUUUAAACAAUGGGUAGCAUACGGAGAAGCACUCUGCCAUUGAAGCUCUCUCAACUUUCCAUUUCCAACAAGAACUUACUUUACCUUUACCUUUUACUUCACCAACUUAUGGUCUUGUCACUUGUGGACAUUUGGGUAUUACGGUGCAAGCAUGGAGAAUGGACUAUUAGAGAGGGAUUCACAGUGCCACGUUUUGAAACUUCAGUGAUGACCAACAGUCAAAAAAGGUAACACUACAAAGAGGAGGGCAAAUAAUAAAAUAGCUGAGAAGUUUGAGUUUGCAGUCUAGCAGAAGAAUAGGGUAACAUUUAUCUUUGUGGCGAGAAAUUUAUGAUAGUCUGAGACUUUUGUUAGAGAGUCCUUCAUUGUUUUGGACUUUUUGGUUUGAAGUUUGCUGUAAAUAUAUGUUUGGUAUUAAAUCCUUCUUGUAACUUCUUAUCUUUUCCAUUUGUAAAAAAAAGUGCAUUAUCCCAA